AUGAAUGAAGAGAACACUGAUGGAACAAAUGGAUGCGGUAAAGUACGCACUGGCACUCAGAAUGAAGCCGCAUUGCUGGCUCUGAUGGAAAAGACUGGCUACAACAUGGUUCAAGAAAAUGGACAAAGGAAAUUUGGUGGUCCUCCUCCAGGUUGGGAAGGUCCACCUCCCCCUAGAGGCUGUGAAGUUUUUGUUGGAAAAAUACCUCGUGAUAUGUAUGAAGAUGAAUUGGUUCCUGUAUUUGAAAGAGCUGGGAAGAUAUAUGAAUUUCGACUGAUGAUGGAAUUUAGUGGUGAAAAUAGAGGUUAUGCUUUUGUGAUGUACACUACUAAAGAAGAAGCCCAGUUAGCCAUCCGGAUUCUUAACAAUUAUGAGAUUCGACCAGGGAAGUUUAUUGGUGUUUGUGUAAGCUUGGAUAAUUGCAGAUUAUUUAUUGGAGCAAUUCCCAAAGAAAAGAAAAAGGAAGAAAUUUUGGAUGAAAUGAAGAAAGUUACUGAAGGUGUUGUAGAUGUGAUUGUUUACCCAAGUGCAACUGACAAAACCAAGAACCGUGGGUUUGCGUUUGUUGAAUAUGAGUCCCACAGAGCUGCUGCAAUGGCCAGGAGAAAGCUGAUUCCAGGAACGUUUCAACUCUGGGGCCACACCAUUCAGGUAGAUUGGGCUGAUCCAGAGAAAGAAGUUGAUGAGGAAACCAUGCAAAGAGUGAAAGUUCUCUAUGUAAGAAAUCUAAUGAUCUCAACUACAGAGGAAACAAUUAAAGCAGAAUUCAAUAAAUUCAAGCCUGGUGCAGUGGAAAGAGUAAAGAAACUUAGAGAUUAUGCAUUUGUUCACUUUUUCAACCGAGAAGAUGCAGUGGCUGCUAUGUCUGUUAUGAAUGGAAAAUGCAUUGACGGAGCCAGUAUUGAGGUAACACUGGCAAAGCCAGUAAACAAAGAAAAUACUUGGCGACAGCAUCUUAAUGGCCAGAUCAGCCCAAAUUCUGAAAACCUGCUUGUAUAUGCUAACAAAGAAGAGAGUCACUCCAAAGCUCUAGGCAAGCCGCCAACUCUUCCCACUCGUCUCAACGGUCAGCAUAGUCCAAGCCCCCCUGAAAUUGAAAGAUGUACUUAUCCUUUUUUUCCUGGAACAAAGCUUACCCCAAUUAGUAUGUAUUCUUUAAAAUCCAAUCAUUUUAAUUCUGCAGUGAUGCAUUUGGAUUAUUACUGCAACAAAAAUAAUUGGGCACCACCAGAAUAUUAUUUAUAUUCAACAACCAGUCAGGAUGGAAAAGUACUCUUGGUAUAUAAGAUAGUUAUUCCUGCAAUUGCAAAUGGAUCCCAGAGUUACUUCAUGCCAGAUAAACUCUGCACUACACUGGAAGAUGCAAAGGAGCUGGCAGCCCAGUUCACGCUGCUUCAUUUGGACUACAAUUUCCGUCGCAGCUCAAUAAAUAGUCUUUCCCCUGUUAGUGCUACCCUCUCUUCUGGGACUCCCAGCGUGCUUCCUUAUACUUCAAGGCCUUACUCUUAUCCAAGUUAUCCCUUGUCACCAACAAUAUCACUUGCUAAUGGCAGCCAUGUUGGACAACGACUAUAUAUCUCCAAUCAGGCCUCAUUCUUCUGA